GCCAUUUGAAAGCUCCCAAGCAAUUGCUAGCUUCAGUUUCAGCUUGAAUCUCGUCGAGUGCGCAAGUGGAUUAGCAGAUACACCAAAUACCAAAUAUUUGAUUUUAAAUAUUAUUUAUAUUAUUAGUGCAACAACAACAGGAAAAACAUAAAAAAAUGCCAGAAAUCAACACACCCGACAAAUUGGAAUACCAAUUCCAUCCCGUCUCUGGCGGUGUGUUCACAUUCAAAGUGCGCGCCGCACACGAUGCCCAUUUGGCAUUGACCGCAUCCCCCGUGGAGGCAGAACCCAUGUAUGAGGUCUUCAUUGGCGGCUGGGAGAAUACCAAAUCGGUGAUCAGGAAGGAUCGCCAGAAGCCCGAUGUUGUAGAAGUGCACACACCUGGCAUUUUGGAAGCUGGUGAAUUCCGUGGCUUCUGGAUACGUUGGUACGAUAAUGUCAUCACUGUUGGACGUGAAGGUGAGGCAGCCGCCUUCCUGUCGUACGAUGCACAAAACUUGUUCCCCGUUAACUAUGUGGGCGUUUGCACCGGUUGGGGUGCCAGCGGCAGUUGGAUCAUUGAUGAGGCUCAACCAGCUAGUGCUCCAGUUUUGGGCUUUGCUCCACCAUGCGGCAGCGGUCCUGGCUGUUGGGUACCAGCAUCCGGUGGCACCGUACCACCCGCCGCUGUAGAGGGUGGCUUCGAUGGUAGCGAACAAUUGUACGUAGCGCGUGCACGUCAUGAAAGUGACCUCAUUCCCGGCAAAUUGCAUCCAUCACAUGGUGUCUGCUAUGUGGCAUGGGGUGGUGGCGAACAUGGACACGCCGAAUACGAGGUACUCUGCUCGAGCGGUGGUCAAUGGUUGCCCGCAGAUAACGGUAGCAUUCCAUCGAACGCUUUCCCUGCCGGCGAAACCGCCGAAGGUGAACCACUGUUCAUCGGUCGCGCCACACACGACGGCACAAUCACGGUGGGCAAAGUGCAGCCAUCUCAUGGAUGUUGUUACAUUCCAUAUGGCGGCGAGGAGGUCGCCUACAAGGAGUUCGAGGUGUUUGUUGUCUAAAGUAAAGUCAAGUUAAUUAACAUUUAUCAAAAGUAAAUAAUUAAGUAAAAAACAAAAUGUUUGUAUCUGUGUACAGUAGUGACGCACAAAUUGCACUCAAUUAAGCGGUUAAUGUUGUUUAUGGCAUUGUUGUUUAAUCGAAUAGUAUAAAAAAUGUUGAUAAUCCAAAAGUAAAAUUUGAUAAAAAGGCAGGAAGGUGCCUUACUAUCAGCUUAAUUAUCAAUUAUUAUAUUAUAUUUCACUGGUCACAGACUGUUAAAUCGAAUGAUUCAAAUCAAAUUGUAAAGCAAUUACUUAGAUAUUUCAUUUGCAUUAAAAAAGAUAUUUACUUUUUUUGAAUCGGUUGCAUUAAGAUUUCUGAGAAAUACCGUUAUAUUUUUAUAUUUGUAUUUAUAUAAAAUAAUUAAAUGUAUGGAAUUUAUUCACUGCAAAUAUUUAAUAAAUAAUAUAUAAAUAAAUUGUUGGAAAACAAAAAAAA